AUGACCAGUCCCUCCAACCCCGUCACCCUCUCGCCAGCCCACUUGGCCCACUUGAACGCCACGCUUCUGGGUCUCGAACCCCACGAAAUCAUCAGAUGGGCCUACAUCACGUUCCCGCGACUCUACCAGACCACUGCAUUUGGCCUCACGGGACUAGUCACCGUGGACAUCAUUGCCAAGCUCACACGCGAGCUCCAGGCCCCACAACACAUUAUUGACUUGAUCUUCAUCGAUACCCUCUACCAUUUCCCCCAGACUUACGAUUUGGUGGCCAGUGUCCAGCAGAAGUAUCACCCCAAAAUCCACACCUACUCACCCAAAGGCACUUCUUCCGAGCAGGAGUUUGUUGCCAAGCAUGGCGACCAGCUUUGGGAGUCCAACGACAGCUUGUACGAUUUUUUGGUAAAGGUAGAGCCGGCACAGCGUGCCUACAAAGACCUCCAGGUGGCUGCGGUGCUCACAGGAAGACGCAAGUCCCAGGGAGGAGCGCGAGGCCUGUUACCAGUCGUGGAGUACGAAGAGGCGACGGGGAUCUACAAGAUCAACCCGUUGUGCGAGUGGGAUUUUGCGCGGGUCAAGCAGUAUGUGGACACCCACACUGUGCCGUACAAUGUUCUUUUGGAUUUGGGGUAUAAGUCCAUUGGCGACUGGCACUCCACGGUGGCUGUGGCAGAAGGUGAGGACGAGAGAGCAGGACGCUGGAAGGGCCAGGCCAAGACGGAGUGUGGCAUUCACGUAACCUCGCAGUUUUCGCAGUAUCUCCAGGGGACGAAGACGUGA